AUCAUCGCCAUCAUGAGUGUCCGAAGGGUUCGGGGGUCUUUUCGGGGCUCACUACGACGAUAUGGAAGUGUGGAGGCCAAUAAAAAAACUCAUAAGCAUUUUCAGUGGAUUUUCAGAAAUGGAGAAUGGCGGAUUGGUUAUGAAGACGGCGAUGAAGUGACAUUGAUGUAUGCUAAGUAUGAGAGACUUCCAAUGAAAGACUUUGGGGCUGAAGUGCGCGCAUCUAUGGACGUCGACCAGUUUUUAAACCAAGCUGUGCUCUUGCUGGAUGUUCAAGAGACCUCGUUGGAAGGAGUUGUUGACAGGAUGUUACAGAAGGUCCUGGAUACCAAGGAACCAACGCUUUGCAUGUCGGAAGCCAAGGCUGGUCUUUUUACUCACGACUCUAUGCAUAUGCUGACCAGGACGAUCCAAGGAACUUAUAUAAGCGAAGGUGGAGGGUUUGACUACGAUCAGUCUUGGAUUUGCGCAAUGUGUAGCCUUCCAUCGCUACAAAGAAGGCAUGUGGCUAUCGCCAGAUUGAAGACUCCCGCCAACAUGGGUCGUACAUCUCACGAGGUCCGAUUCUUCAUUUUGGUUCUGACACCCAGCAAAGAGGUAAGGCCAAAGAAUUUAAACUCUAACCAUAUGUUAUUAGUGCUAUGUUACAAAUUUCGAAGCCUUGCCUCCAGUCGCAAGUGUUGGUUUGCUAAAGGAUUAUGGGAUGAUAUGCACAGAAGAGCUUCUCAUUAUCUCAGUGAUUUUACUGAUGGAGUGAGAGGCCAUAAGACAAUCCAUAAGACAGUGUCAACAACAUUCUUCUUGUACUUUGCUUGCCUUCUUCCUACAAUUGCUUUUGGAGCUCUUAACGAUAACAAUACCAACGGAAAGAUAGAUGUCAGGAAAAGUAUUAUUGGUCAGACAAUUGGUGGUUUGUUGUUUGCUCUCCUUGGUGGUCAGCCAUUGGUUAUCAUAAUGACCACAGCACCUCUGGCGUUAUACAUUAAAGUCAUAUACAGUAUAUGUGAAGAUUUUAACUUAAAUUUCUACGCCAUGUACGCCUGUGUGGGUCUGUGGAAUACCUUAUUUCUGGUGAUAUACGCUCUAUGCGAUGCGAGUAGGCUUAUGAGAUUUUCUACAAGAUCAACGGAAGAAAUAUUUUCCUUGUUCAUAAGUAUCGCUUUCUGCGUUGAUGCUGGAAGAGAUGCGCAUAAAAACUUCCAGAAAUAUUACCACUCAUCAGAAUGCACAGAACAAGUUUCCGUUUCUCAACUUUCUGAUUGGCUGGGCAACUCCACCAAUAACAGUUCUCAGUCACAGAUUGGCAUUCCGGACUGUAAGCGGGAAAAUAGUCUACUGUUCCUGUUACUGAUGUUUGGAACAGUGUGGCUUGCAGUGUCUCUCUAUAACUUCAAUAAAACGCCAUAUCUACAAGCAAGUAAACGGGAAAUGUUAGCAGACUAUGCUUUACCGGUAGCCGUAAUCACGUUAAGCUUCAUCGGCUCAUUCGUCUUUCAGGAUAUCCGAACUGAACAUUUCCACUACAACACUGACAUCAGUUUUACCAGGGGUCGCGUCGAGGAGCUUCCGUGGACGGCCGCUGUUGCAGCGAUGGGAUUGGGAUUUGCACUGUCUCUACUGUUUUUUAUGGAUCAAAAUAUCUCUGCCGCUAUGGUGAACAACCCUUGCAAUAAAUUAAAGAAGGGACCGGGCUACCAUCUGGACCUAUUCGUUGUGGGAAUAUUGAAUGGUUUUCUCUCUUUGUUCGGUCUUCCAUGGAUGCAUGGCGUUCUACCGCACUCUCCGCUUCACGUUCGUAGUCUUGCAGAUGUCGAGGAACGUGUAGAACAAGGACACAUCUACGAAAUAAUUGUCAAGGUCCGAGAAACAAGGGUGACAGGUAUUGUAUCUCACAUCCUCAUAGGUCUAUCGAUAUUACUCCUACCUUACCCCCUAGGCUACAUCCCUAUUGCUGUUCUCAAUGGGCUUUUUCUCUACAUGGCUGUAACAUCCCUAAAUGGAAACCAGAUGUUUGAAAGGAUUACACUUCUUUUUAUGGAACAGACUGCAUAUCCACCCAAUCAUUACAUCAGACGUUGCCCACAACGAAAGAUUCACGUAUUCACUUUGUGCCAAGUGAUUCAGUUGGCUGCCAUGUGUUUCUUUGGUUUCUCGCCCUGGUCCUAUGUAAAGAUGGUGUUUCCUGUUAUCAUCCUUCUCCUUUUACCCAUUAGACGUAAGGUGAUACCUUACCUUAUCCAGGAAAAGUUUUUGGAAGCAUUGGAUGGCGAGCAUCAGUAACUUCAAGAAAGCACUGCAAUAAUUCAAGACUGACAAGAACCACUACCCGUGGUUGGAAUGCAGUGAUCUGGUGUACUGCGUUCAGCACUCAUUCCACGAAACUUUCCUGCUCAAUCAUGAAAGAAACAUGCGUCCUAAAGGUUGUACAUAGAAAUCUGUACAGACGAAAAAUAAACUAAAACACAUCGAAAGGCCCUAUGGUUAUUCUGUGUUUAUUUUGUUUCAUCCAAUUCGUCAGUUUCAGGCUAGUGACUUUGUAAUUUGCAAUAAAAAAACGAAAGGCGUAUAACAAUUAUUUUAAUGUGUAUACUAUAUGCAUAUGGAAUAUUACAAUACAGGUAAGUGACAAUUCUUUACUAUUAUUACCAGCUAUUAAUAUUAACCAUGAGUUUAGCCUUUUUAUUUUUCAGGUGAUUAUACUUGAACAUCAUUAAGAGGGUUUCCAAAUUAACUUUUAUUUGAGACAUGCUUUAACUUAAAUUUAUAUUAUAAUCACUAGGUAGUGCCACCUGCUCUUAUCAUAACAUUAUAUAGUUGGAGAAGAUACUAUGUCUCAAAAAGAAUCACUGAUAGUGGUCACAAUUAAUACCAACCAUGUCACACGUAUACAUACAUUUACAUAUACUAAAGAAAGCAGUUCAUGUAAAUCGCCCAGGUUUUACUUAAAGCCGACUUCACUCUAAAUAUGUGCAAGUGAAUAAUAUAAUUAGGAACAAUUAUAAAAUUCAUCUCAUUUCUGUAAAUGUAGUCGUUAAGUGGCUAUACUUGUUCGAGGGAACUCAACUGUUUUAUGUGUCCUUUUACUGUUCUCAGUGCUUGAAUGUUAACUAUUUUCUCUAAGACUAGCUGUAUAUAUUACUAACAUUUAAUUUGUAGCCUUUAUUGUAGCUUUUACUGAUUAGAAUGUUCGAAAUAAUAGACAAACGUUGACUUGUUGAUGGCUGAGAAGUUUUGUUUUUAAUGGUUUGAAAUUUGAUAAUUUCGUUCAUGAUGAUAGGUGCUGUAAUUGAAAUUUAUAUCUAUAAAAACAGAUUGCACUUAUGCAACUUUUUUACUAUUCAAAUUUAGAGCUUUAUGGUUUAGUUGGAAUGGAAGAAGAGCUACCAAUUUUGUUUUGAGAUAUGUUGUUUUUGUUUGAAAACAACACGAAUUCUAGUUAAUAAAUAACCUUUGUUGCCCAAGUAUGCGACUAUUCCUUAAAGUGCUUAAUGAGAAAAAGGUAAGAAUGAAAAUUAAACUUAGCAAGAAAAAAGUUAUAUUUAAACUCAGGAAAUAAUAUCAUCGUGUUCCAAAUAGAAAAAUCUUGUCAUAUGAAAUGAGAUUGAUAUACGUAAUGACUUGAUUAAAAAAAAUAUUUAAAUAUACACACAUAUUAAUAUGAUAAUAAAGUAGUCAUUAACUGGCUGCUAAAUACAGCUUAUUCCGUUGUUGGUUUUAAAAAUCUUGACCUGGUAUUAGACACUGUUACUAUUAAAUCGAUUUAGCCGUGAAGCUCACUGGCUAGGACAAACAAAAAUACAUAUUUUAAAGUAUUAUCUAUACAUCCAAAAGUUAACAAGAAUAUAGGAAGAAUAGUUCUUUCAAAGUUUCAAGGGAUUAUAAAUAUAAAUAUAUAAAUCAUGUAAUCUAAAAACACAAAUCAGCUGAUGAGCACCGAAACCAAAAGCCUUUCAAUAUUUUUGAAAUAUGCUAAGCGAAUGUGCCAAAAAACAACAACAAAAAACCCAACAAGAAUACAGUUCCCGAUUUCUAUUUUAUUUGGGGUGUAGGUACAAAUUUCGUUGUAUGUAUUAUUUUUACUUGCCUGGCUAGUGUUUAGUUCUGAAUAUUGACACGUACAGAGCUUUGAUAUCUAGAUGUACAGUUGUACAGUCUUAGUUAGAAGCUUGGCACAGGUAUAGAUAGAGAGUAUCGUGAUCUAAGUAAAUAUUAUAUUCUAUACUGUGAUCUAAAUGUAGCCUAUUAUACCAUUUCCUGCUAAGAAGAUAGGUUAAGAUGUAUGUAUAAUUACGUAUUACGUAUUACUUGUAGAUAUAUCUGUAUAGCCUGAAAACUGGAUUCAUGUGCGUUUUUAUUCUGAUUGUUAUCAGCCACUUGUUUAUGUAAAAUGAUGUUAUGGAAAGAUAUGUUGCAUUUUGACGUAGUCAAUACGCAAAACAACAAAAUCAAUAAAGAUUAUUAUUAUUAUGCUUACACACGUACAUAUGUAUAUAUAUAUAUAUAUGUGGAGGAGAAAAAAAUGUUUUCUGUCUGUUAUAUGAAUGUUAUUACAUAGGUACCUUUGGAUUAACUGCUUAUAUAGAUUUAUUCAAUAUGUUCCAUACAUAUAUAUAUAUACAUAUAUAUAAACACAUACCAACAUAUAUAUACAUAUAUACGUGUGUGUUAUUCUAGAUACGUGGUUGCUGUUCAAAUGUGUCUGCAGUAAAGCAAGUCUGAAAGAACAGGUAGCGUCCUAUGUGACCUGUAUAAACUGUGUAUAUGAUAAAAAAAAAGCUUACGGGUGUUAUUUUAAAGUAGUACAAAAUAAUAUUUAGCAGUUGUUACUAAGUAGCUAAAAGCCAGUCCCAUUCAUUAUAUGGGUUGUUAUGUAUGGUUUGGAAAAUAGUAUUGUGCCUCGUCUCUAUGUCAUUGUAUUAUCUACAAUAUAGAGGCGAAUCACGCACAGUCAUUGUGAAAAAAGGAAAUAAAAA